UUAACCGGAGUGUCUUUCACCGCUAAAAACUUCCAGAACUGUGGAAUAAUACUCUUAUUUUUACCUUUUAAUAACUAAUGUUAUUUGUUUUGGUCGUUAAGCCUAAUGACACGGAGGAAAAGGAGAAGAAGUCUCUCCAUCAGCUCUUCACCUUCUCACUUUCCCACUGUGAGCGUCUUCCAGCCAGCAGGAGAUGAAAAGCUGCCAAUGAGCGAAUUCUGUGCUGAGUAGCGGCCAUGGCUGCCCAUCGCAUCGUCAGAGUGACGAGCAACAGUCACGUCCUGCCUCGCUGCAAGUCUGAAGGGACGCUCAUCGACAUUAGCGAAGGGGUCAAUGGGGCCAGUCUCAACGAUGUCAAAGUGCCUUCUCCCAGUGCCUUGAGGCUGGACACUUCCUCCUCCUAUGGAGCAGCGCAGGAAGUGGUCGCCAUAAAGGAUUACUGCCCCAGCAGCUUCACUACGCUGAAGUUCUCCAAAGGGGAUCGCCUCUAUGUGUUGGACACGUCAGGGGGGGAGUGGUGGUACGCGCACAACAACACGGAGAUGGGCUACAUCCCUGCCGCCUACGUGCAGCCGCUCAACUUCGGGAACUCUUCGCUCAGCGACAGCGGGAUGAUUGACAGUCUUGGGGAGGGUUACGAGGAUGGGUCGAAGGAGUUUGGAGGCCUAGGGGAAUGGACAGGGGUUUCCCUUAAGCCUUCCCCAAUUUACAACAAUACUCCCUUUGCUGUGAACCCCUUUAUUAAAGAUCAAAACUGCAAAGAUUCUGGCGCUAGGAACUCAACGGACCUUAUUCUAUUUGAUGCACUGGCAUCUCCGUCAUCUUGCUCAAACUUGACCUCUAGUACAAUCAUGACCAAUGGGUUCAGCAGCUGCCACAUUAACAGUACAACCCCCACAAGCCCAAAUCAAGAGGUUGUACCUAACCUCCACAGGGAUAAUCCCUUUUUCAGGAGCAAACGUUCCCACAGUCUCUCAGAACUGUCCGUCCUGCAGGCGCAGUCCAAUCCAUCCUUACCUUCUUCGGGGUUCUUCUCAGGCCUUAAGGCUCCUUCCCCGGAGCAGUUUCAGAGCCGGGAGGACUUCAGGACUGCUUGGUUGAACCACAGAAAGCUAGCCAGGUCUUGCCAUGACCUUGACUCUCUGGGUCAGAGUCCAGGGUGGGGCCAGACGCAGCCGGUGGAGACCAACAUCGUGUGCAUGUUGGACUGUAACGGAGGCGUUGUUCAGCUCCCGGACACCCAAAUCAGCAUUCACAUCCCUGAAGGCCACGUCAGCAAUGGAGAACACCAGCAGAUCUCCAUGAAAGCCUUGCUAGACCCUCCUCUGGAGCUCAACACAGAUCUCUGCUCCACAGUGAGCCCUGUGGUGGAGAUCAAGCUGAGCAACAUGGAGACAAAGUCCUUCCUCACGUUGGAGAUGAAGGUAUCGGUAACAGUCAAGAAGGAGAGUUGUCACACUGCGGAUGUGCUUUGCGUUCGCAGUGACUGCAAAGAAGGGCCUUACACGCCGAUCCCUAAUGCGUACCUUUACAAGGACACAGUCCAGGUGCAGCUGGAUGGUCUGGAGCCGUGCAUGUAUGUGGCUGUUGUUGUUAAGUCCCAGUACAUCAGCCACAAUACAACUGUGUGGGAUCAUGUGCAAAGGAAAGUAACUUUGGGCGUCUACGGACCCAAGCACAUCCACCCGUCGUUCAAGACAGUCGUGGCCAUGUUUGGGCAUGACUGCGCCCCUAAUAACUUGCUGGUAAACGAGGUGGGUCGCCUGGUGAGUGCUAGCCCGCCUGUGGCCCUCCAGCUUUGGGGCAAGCACCAGUUUGUGCUGGGGUACCCUCAGGACCUCCUGCUGGGGUUGUACUCCAACAUGUCUAACUACGAGGUGAAGUCCUGCGAGGGGACUGGGGUGAUUCGGGGGUUCCAGGUCAAACUGGGGAAAGUGAGCAGGCUCCUUUACAUGAUCACAUCGCACAGUCCAGACAGCAUUUCAGAUUUUACACUCAGGGUCCAAGUUAAGGACGCACUUGACUGCAUCCUCACGCAGUUCUGCGUCCAAACACCACCACCGCCACCCAAAACCGAAGCAAGGAUAUCAGGCCAGAGGAGGUUUCUAAAAAAAAGAGAGGUGGAUAAGAUCGUCUUAUCACCGCUAGCCGCCACUUCAAAACACCCAAAGUUUCAGGACCGGUGCAUCAUCAACCUGAAAUUUGGCAAAUUGAUCAAAACAGUGAUCAGGCAGCAGAAGAGCACGUAUCUGUUGGAGUACAAAAAGGGGGAUGUCGUUGCUUUGCUCAGCGAGGAGAAAAUCAAACUGCGAGGGCAGCUGCGGACUAAAGAGUGGUACAUUGGAUACUAUCAGGGGAAGAUGGGACUCGUCCAUGCCAAGAACGUUUUAGUUCUGGGUAAAGUCAAGCCCAUUUAUUGGAUCGGGUCGGAUCUAACAACCACAGUGCUGCUGGAGCAGAUCCUGAAGCCUUGCAAGUUUCUUACGUACAUAUACGCAACAGUGAGGACGGUGUUGAUGGAGAACGUGGGCAGCUGGAGGGCGUUUGCAGACGCACUAGGAUACGGGAAUUUGCCGCUGAAUUAUUUUUGCAGAACAGAGCUGGACAACGAGCCGGAGAAAGUGGCUUCGGUUCUGGAGAAGCUCAAAGAGGAGUGUACGAACACGGAGAGCAAGGAGAGGAAGUCCUUCCAGAGAGAACUCAUGAUGGCGCUGCUGAAGAUGGACUGUCAGGGUCUGGUGGCGAAGCUCGUGCUGGACUUCGUGCUGCUGACCACGGCGGUGGAGGUGGCGUCCCGAUGGAGGGAACUCGCAGAGAAGCUGGCUCGAGUCUCCCGACAGCAGAUGGAGGCGUACGAGGCUCCGCACCGAGACAAGAACGGACAACUGGACAACGAGUCCAUGUGGAAGCCGGCCUACGACUUCCUCCUGACGUGGGCCGCCCACGUGGGGGACAGCUACCGGGACGUGAUCCAGGAGCUGCACCUGGGCCUGGACCGGAUGAGGACCCCCAUCACCAAGAGGUGGAAGCACCUGACGGGGACGCUGAUCCUCGUCAACUGCCUGGACCCGCUGCGGGGCGCCGCCUUCUGCCCCACCGGGUACGGAGACUUCGCCGUGUGAACAUCGUAUUGGAUUCAGUGUCAUCGAUUAACAGAUGUUCAGACACCGUCGAAAGGUAGUUGGUAAUGAAAAAGUCAAAGUGAAAGUGAUGCCUCUUGAUCCUUCUACCUUUUUACUCUUCUUCAUCUUUUUGUCAACUCACUGUUUGUCUUUAACACUUUCUGUAUAUAUUUUUCAAGAUUUCAAAUGUAUUACAGUUUGUUUAAGUCGUUCUUUCCGUCUCCAAACCUUCCUCAGGACAACAGCAGAGACCUCAACCACUGCAAUACAUAACCUCACAAACUGUGACCUUUGGCCAUCUUUAAACACUCAUUUGAUCCCCAUACUGAACAUUUGUCUGCAAGCCAAACAAUGCUAACUCUACAUGUACAAUCCAGAGGAUGUGUUUCCACAGAUUCACACACCACGUUUCAGCUGUGUUACAGAAUCACAAUCUGAUAUGUUCUUUCCAAAUAAAACCCAAAAGGAGCAUGCACACCUGGAUGUUAAGCCCAAAACAUCCAGAUAAUAAAAUGUUAAAUUCUUGCAUUUAUUCGUAGUGCAUCCAAUAUUUUCCAAAUGUCCAACUUUUGCACACACAAAUGUUCUCUUUAAUCAAAGAUGAUAGGAUAAAGAUAGACUUUAAAUGCAUUUCUUAAAGUCCUGCUGAAGGUGAUUUCAUGUCAAUUUUUUCAUGCAAAAUCAGUAUUUUCUAAACUUCGGACUCAAAGUGCAUCUUAAAAGUGCAGCAUGAAUAAAGUUGUUAUCAUUUCAUGGAGAGUUCAUGUUUUAAUUAAAACAGUAUAAGUCAGAAUUAACAGGCGACCACAGUUUAUUGCUUAAAUAAAUGAAAUAUGUGACUUUAAACUGUGAAAACUAGUAUCAGAAAAUAUCUAGUUUUUGUUAACUGUAUAUUUAAAGAAGCAUAACUUGUGUUUUUGAGCAUUUUCUCUGACUUUGUGCUCUCAGCAAGUAUAAUGAAUUGUCUUUGAUGCUUUUGUUGUUCAUUUCUUCAUCUGUUUUCAUUUCUCAUUCAGUAUUUGUUGUUUCAAUAUGUUUUGUGACUGCUGCAGUGUUGCUAUCUGUUUGGAUUAUGAACAGAGAAAUGUGCGAGGAGUUUAUAUAUUUGUACUAAAGCCUGUCUCUGAUCUGUUUCUGUUCAGAAAGUUUCAAUAAAA